AACCACAAAAUGGGUCAUCAUACAAACUUUGUUCUGAUCAGUUAUUUAAUAAAUAUCCAUGCAUAUAUCUAUAAUGUCCAGAAUCGGAUGAAAAGAAAGUUUACUAAAAUUCUUAUUUGAGACCACGCCAUCUCACUGUUGAAUGAAAAAAAAAAAAAAUAGAAAAUAGCAUAAAAUAGUGACAAUUUCGGCAACACGCGAUUCAGAUCCAAAGUCAAGUUCAUAAACGAUUGAUGACGUAGUAUCGCAAGUCAAUUAGGUAUUGGCAGAAUUUAAUUUCAUUGAAUACAGUUGAGACCUGUUAAAGCACCAGCGAGAGAUGGCAUCGAAGGUUUACAAUUUACUGGUUGGUACUGCGGAUAAAUUCGUUCCCAAUGGUUUGAGACCACUGUGGAAUCAUGCUGCGGGACCGAAAACCGUUUUUUUCUGGGCUCCUGUCUUCAAAUGGGGUUUGGUUAUUGCCGGACUGAGUGAUCUCCGUCGUCCAGCUGAUCAACUUUCGGUAUCCCAGUCCGCAUCGCUAGCUGCUACCGGAAUCAUCUGGUCCCGUUAUUCGUUGGUGAUCAUCCCAAAAAACUAUGGGCUUUUCUCGGUGAACCUCUUCGUAGCAUUGACUCAGUGUGCACAGCUGUAUAGAGCAUGGGAUUUUUCCAGACAAAAUUCCAAAGCCAUGGAAGCCGAAAAAAGUAACUAAUCGCAGACGAACGAACAACUUCCUCGAUGUUUAAUAUGAUUGUUUGAAGGUAACAGAAACACGGGUUAUAAUCCUAUUGAAGAAGUUUGUUAGGGUUUAGAUAAAUAUAACAAGUGUGAAACACAUAAACAGGACAAAAAUGCACAAAAUCUCAACAUUUAAUGUGAUCAAAGAUUUACAAUCAACAGUGAAUAAAAUAUAUCGUAUUAAAAUAAA